GGGGGCUGAGAGCGAGUAUGUGCAACUCAUCUAAUUGGUCAGUGCGAAAAUGGGAGAACCAGAUCAAUCCAGUUUUCUGAAUCAACUGAAAAACUCCAUAUUUGUGGAUUUCCUCAAUACAUUCCUGAACCUGCCGGUGUUUGGACAGAUUCCGCUCUAUGUCUUUAAAGACAAACAAUGGGAACUCCAGCCUGAUCUUCCAUCCAAGAGCAGAAAUGUGGACGGGCUGAUGAAUUGGUUGGAAGACUAUCGCCUGCCUUACUUCCUACAGACAGACCUGUACCUUCACUUUGUCCUCUGUGAGUCACUGCUGGACGUCACGGUGCAAGAAAUUAUGGAGUCCACAGCCUUGCCUCAAGACUCUGCCAACAUGAGCCUGAACUUGCAGUUCUCUGAUGAGACUCUCAGCUCAGAAAGUGCUGGCAGCAAUGUGGAUGUGACCAAAUCCGAGUCGGUCAAAGACCCAGCUAAGGGUGUGGUGAAGGAAGUGACCAAGGAGCCAGCGAUGACACCUGACCAGUGGCUGCUGAGGAGGUGCAUUGGGAGUGUGCAGGGAAUGAAACGCUUCCGGUCAUUUCUCAUUGGGACAAAAGGUGAGGAACUGUUGGAGUUCUGGCUGAGGACGGAGAGGAUGUUAAAGCUGGAUAGCAGCAGUGUUGAGGAGAGAGAUCAGUACUUUGCUCAGCUCCGAAUGAUCCAGGCCACUCACCUGCAAGAUGGUUCUGUCGUCAUGGCGACCUGUAGAGGCCUCAUCGACGUCCCUUCGCUGAGGUUGGAGGGAUCCCAUCGAACCAGGAGGGACUUCUUGGAGAUGCUGCACAAGCGAGUGCUGCAGAAACUGAGGACGUACUGGCUGCCCCGCUUCCUCGCCCACUGCAAACAGAGCCUGAAGAAGUUGAAGGAGUGUGCCCCCAUUCUCCGGCGGUACCAAGCUAUGGUGUCGCAAGGGAAGGUAACGAGAGAGCUGUCUGCUCCUGCUGAGCUCAGCAUGGGCAUCAAACGGACAGAAGGGCCCACGCUGCCCUACUUCACCAAGGCUAACAAGCGCUUCCUGUGGGGCAUCCCCUACUGCCUUGGCACGCAGCCACCGAUCACCGUGACCGGGCCGGUGCAUCCAGUGGAGCUCAAAGCUGAGGCGAAGCGGCAGUGCCCGCAGCGCAAGCCGAGAGCCCUGAAGCCCUCUGCGCCCAGGACCCCCCAGUCGGUCGCACCGCGCUGCAGGUGCCAGGCUCCGGAUUGGGCCUCCUGCCUCAUGGCAGUCAAGCCCCAUACGGGAGUGGACCCGCCCCACGUCUCCGAGGAGUACAUCUUCCCGCAGUUGGACUCCUCCCUCCCCCUCAUCAAGGCGCCGUCCAUGCUGACGUUCUGGAGAUUCUCUGAGGUGCCCCCUCAGGCCCGGUACCUCCACUGGGCCUUCAACGCCGACCAGGCAGCCGGGGGUCCUUUCGCCGCCUUCCUGAAGCUCAGCCACAACAGCUCCAAGCUCCACUACCUGCGCCUCUGGCACGACCUGAGCUGCUUCUUCAACGUGGUCCUGAGCACAAAGGACAGGGCAGGCUUCGUGCUCAGAGCCAUUCUGGCCGAGAAGAUUGUGGAGGUCUACCUGAAGGAGGACAGCGCGCAAUACACCCAGCUCCAGCCGGAAACAGCUCACAAUCUGAAGCUGGCACUCCCCUCUGGUUGGGUCCUGGCAUGGAUAUUGACUGCUCAGCGGGAGAUUUGCGAGAUACUCCGAGACACAUACGAUGCUUUUCUGGAUGAGGACGAUCAGAGAUUUCUACAUCUUGUGGCUGGAACCAAACCAAGUGACCCAAACGCUUGGACACAGUGUGAAAAAAGCCCCCUGCCACCUGACGACACCUACAUCAGGAGGAUGGCCCAGUCCUUGCUCCUGGCACAGGCAUGCUCUGCCCUGGGCGACACCGAGACUCUGACGGAUGAAGACUGGAAGCUGGUGGCUCGGGAGGACAUUACCAGCCUGGGCUCCAUGCAGAUAUUCAGAGGACUGGAGGUGAAAGAAACUGAUAUCAAGGAUAUGACCUUUCAGGAGCUAGCGCGGAAGUUUCCAAAAUUGGCGAUUGAGGAGCUGAGCAAGUACUUCAUGCAAUACUACAAGAAAUUGGUCCUUCUGGGUCUGAUAAAUAGAGAGGCCAUACAAGACAAACUGUGGACAAAGCUCAACCUGAAGUACAUAAAAGACGGAAACCAAAUCAUAACCCGACCCAAAACGAUCCCCAGGAACCUGAUGGAUCUGCUGAUGAACCCGAUGGCUGUCCUGUUCUUCCAGCGGUUUCUGGAAGCCUAUGAUGCAGAUGCUCCGCUGCGGUUCUGGCAGGCAGUUGAAGACCUCCACAGCCUCCACACUGAGAAACAGAGACAGCGUGGCAUUAAAUGGAUCCUCAACAACUUUUUCAAUCCUAAUCUCAGUGCAGAACAGUUUCUCCAAUGCGAAGCAUCGAUUAUCAAGCAGAUUAUGGCUAUGAUUAAGUCUGGUGAGCAAGUCACCAUGAACAUGCUUUUACAAGCUCAGUCCGAUGUUCAAAACAGCUUGCAACAGAACUGGUUUGAUCUAUACCUGAAAACAUACCCCAAGCAGCCUCUCGAGUAUUCACCUUCUUUGACGAUCCUGAGGUCAAUCCAGACGAUAAGCCGGAAGAACCGUUCGUGGAAGGAGCUGGAGGCUCUCAUCAGGUCGAUUGUCACCUUCCGGCGGAUGAUGCGGAUUCCCCAGCUCCGCCUUUGCUUCAUCCACUUCCUGCGCGAUGAGGUCUACAACAAUGAGCACAACAACUUGGCAUCUCGUACCAUGACCAGGGUGCCAUCCCAGGGCAGCUCCUUCGUUCUCCGAGGGGCCGAUUAUGUGGACGAUUCUGACACCCCCCACUUGAAAAGGCGAAUGAUGUUCAAUCGACAGCUCAUCGUCAACUACCUGGUCAAUGAUUUGCACUUCUGCAUGGAGAUCGAGCACUAUGUGAAACGGGCAGAAGCUGCAAUCGUCAUGGCUCGAGUGGGACUGCACGAUGAGAUUUACGAAGGGUUGCUCAGGGCAAAAGUGGAAAUGAUCAUCAGACUCUUUCUGCACGCGGACACGCUGCCGAGGCUCAGGGUGAAUAUCACAGACUAUGAGAAAGACAGAGUCAUUAUGAGCAGCCGCCAUGGCAAACUGGAGCCGGAUCUGUUCCACCAAGCACGGAUGACUAUCAUCCUCCCUCUGCUUUACUUCUGGAGAAGAUUCUGUGUAAUGAAUGCUUGGAGGAUAUUUGGGAAACCUAGGCCUCCAUGGAAGAAGGAGUCCUCAUCUCCAAAUUAUCUCUAUCCAUCUCUUCAAUAUAUGCUGAGUGACUUGGUGCCUCAGUAUACUUCAGAGGAGUUCCCGACACUCCGGUUCUCACUGUCCAAGGGGAUCCAGUUACUGAUUCCUCAGGAGAAGGAUGAGACCCAGACUGCAGAGCAAGAGCAAAAUGCUGUCCAGGAAUCUCAGAUCUCUCAAAAAGCUAAGAGUCUAACAAGUAACAAGGUCUCCAUCUCGAGUCAGAGCCACUUGCCAGGCAGCAGACCCAGGUUGUCAUCUAUGCUGUCACCUAGUCGCAUUUCGUAUCUGUCGGUCAAGUAACAUCGCGUCUCCAAUCCAAUCCAACGCGAUGAACAUGAGUUAGCGCACAACCAAUCUUUCUAGUGUUUCUAUUGAAUGUAUGUAUAAAUGGAUUAUGGAGCUUUACAAUCAAAUAUCAGUCACACUCAACUAUCCUUAUUGCUUGCUGAUGCUUCCUCACGAUUGCACCCAAGACAUUCUCUCCAUCACGAAGAUAGUGAGUGGACCAGGGCAGCUCGAGUCAAAAUACAACAUUCCUGCUUUCUAACAUGUGGGUCUCAUUUACUUGAAGAGCAUGUUUAUUGCCCAGGCAAUGAGUACACAUCACAGCAGGAACU